GAUGGACUGGAAAAACAAAGGAGAGAAAAAUUAUUUUUCUGCAAACUAAAAGAGCUCAAAUUGCAUAAAAAGGGUAGUGGUAGGUCUCUAAGGUGCUUGAGAAGGUUUUGCAAUAAAUCUGUUGUGGAGAAAAUCUAUUUUGCCUACGAAAUAUACGAAAUAUCCAACAAAGGAUGGCUAGUAAACAAAUCCAAGAUGGCGGACUCGAUCAAAGCGGGAAAACAAACUGAAGAGAAGAGGUAGACCUGCUAAAUCAGCAUCUAACUCUAGGAACAACUCCAGAACUAACUCCCCUAAUAAACUUGUAAAUGGAUCAAAUGACACGGAGGAAAUCUGGAACUGCAACUUGUGCAAAUACUCGUUCUCUGACCCCAGUGACAAAUUACUGGAAUGCCAACGAUGCAAGGACCACUUUUGUAUUAAGUGCUUGGACAAGUCGGUCGAAGAAUACAAUCUGAUGGACAGUAGUGAUAUCAUGUGGUUCUGUGUGCCAUGCCGAGAAAAAGUAGAGAAAAAUAUCACUGUGGACAGAGAAAUUGAGGAGAGAUGUAAUGACAUGAUGAAGAUGUUCGACAGUAGAAUUAAGUAUCUGGAGGACGAGAUGGAGAAGAAAUGCAGUGAAGAACAAGUGAGGGAGAUAGUUUCUGAGGCAAUACAGAAAUCAACAGAAUCAAAUCAAGCUGAUACAGAGGACGAGACUGCGAGUGAAUCUGGAAAACACACCGUGCCAGUAUCAGCAGUACUGAGUGAAAUUAAUGAGAGGAAAAACAGAGAAUGUAACAUGAUCAUCUAUGGGAUAGAGGAAAGUGACUCAGACAAUAAGGAAGUACGUCGUUCCUAUGACAGAGAUCAGGUGAAAGAAAUUGCUGAUGUUUGUGAAGUGAACAUCGCAGAUGAAAACAUGAUAAAGUUAGUGAGACUUGGUAAAUUUAAUAAGGAUAAGAAACGCCGUCCAUUGCUCGUUACCUUCUCAACCCCAGAAAAAAGUGGAAUUCUUUAAACGAGGUGGAAAGUUGCGGGAAAACAUUGAAUUCAGUGAAGUACGACUUGCAAAUGAUUUGACACGCACAGAGAGGGAAAAUGAAAAGAAACUGUAUAUGAAAGCCAAGGAACUGAAUAAAUAUGGUUCGGGGGAAUUCAAUUACCGUGUGCGCGGUCCACGUUGGGCAAGGAAAGUGGUAAAGCUCAGGAUGAUUGAAGGAGUGCAGAGAAGAGCUACCAAGCAGAUUCCAGGAUUGGCAAAAUUAAGCUAUGAAGAAAGGUUGAAGAAACUAAAAC